AUGUCGGGAAUGGAAGCCAAUGCGACAAUCCCAAUCUGGCAAAAUAAACCGCACGGGGCCGCUCGCAGUGUGGUGAGAAGAAUCGGGACCAAUCUGCCUCUGAAGCCGUGUCCCCGGGCGUCCUUUGAGACCCUGCCCAAUGUCUCUGAUCUGUGUCUGAGAGAUGUGCCCCCAGUCCCUACUUUGGCUGACAUCGCCUGGAUUGCUGCAGAUGAAGAGGAGACAUACGCCCGGGUCAGGAGCGAUACACGCCCGCUGAGGCACACGUGGAAGCCCAGCCCUCUGAUUGUCAUGCAGCGCAAUGCCUCAGUGCCCAAUCUGCGUGGGUCCGAGGAGAGGCUCCUGGCCUUGAAGAAGCCAGCCCUGCCAGCCCUGAGCCGCACCACAGAGCUGCAGGAUGAGCUGAGCCACCUGCGCAGCCAGAUUGCUAAGAUAGUGGCAGCUGAUACAGGAAGUUCAAAUGUCUCUUCUCCCUUACCUUGUUUUGGAUCCUCAUUCCACUCUACAACUUCCUUUGUCAUUAGUGACAUCACUGAGGAGACUGAGGUAGAGGUCCCCGAGCUUCCAUCAGUCCCCCUGCUUUGUUCUGCCAGCCCUGAAUGUUGCAAACCGGAACACAAAGCUACCUGCAGCUCAUCUGAAGAGGAUGACUGUGUCUCUCUGUCCAAGGCCAGCAGCUUUGCAGAUAUGAUGGGGAUCCUGAAGGACUUUCACCGGAUGAAACAGAGUCAAGAUCUGAACCGGAGUUUACUGAAGGAAGAGGACCCUGCCAUCCUUAUCUCUGAGGUUCUAAGAAGGAAGUUUGCUCUGAAGGAAGAAGAUUUCACUAGAAAAGGAAACUGA